CGCCGCUUCUUCUUGCCAACACGAUCGCUCGUAUUGGAUUGUAUCUGAUUGAUUCGAGAUCACAUAGAUACUGUCACCCAUGCUCGGUUCGGUUCUUCGACUAUGGAUAUUCUUCGGCUGCUCCUGCCGCCUGCUUAUCCUCGCUGAAGUCCUUCAGGAGUGCGACAUUCCCAAUGAAGCCAAAAGGGGCGUUUGCCUGGAGGUCAGCCGGUGCGGAGCGUAUCUUCAAGUUCGAAAUGCCACCAACUUGCCGGCGGAGAAGGUGAACUUCCUGAAGAAGGUGCAGUGCGAGGUGGAGCAGCAAGUCUCCGAGGCGGAGGGUGCCUACGAAUCCUUGGUCUGCUGCCCGGCAAAUGGCCAGGAUUACCUUUAUCCCGUGCUGCAGUUCUCAAAGUUCGAGUAUCGCAGAUUUCUGGAUGUCACAGCCCGGUUUAAGCGAAAGAAAUUAAAGCGGCGGAUUCAAACUGUGGAGCCCAGUUCGGGGUUUAACCUUCUGAACGAAUGUGGCAAGCAGGUGACCAACCGAAUUUAUGGCGGAGAAAUAGCCGAACUGGACGAGUAUCCUUGGCUGGCCCUGCUUGUCUACAACUCAAAUGACUAUGGUUGCAGUGGAGCCCUUAUAGACGAUCGUCACAUUCUAACCGCAGCUCAUUGCGUUCAAGGCGAGGGAGUUCGUGAUCGAAGAGGAUUAAAGCAUGUGCGUUUGGGCGAAUUCAAUGUGAAAACCGAACCCGACUGCAUCGAGGAACCCAACUAUUUGAGCUGUGCAGACGCCGCCUUGGACAUUGGCUACGAAAAGAUCCAUGUCCAUCCGGAGUACAAGGAGUUUUCCAACUACAAAUACAAUGACAUUGCCAUUAUACGGCUGAAGCAUCCCGUGUCCUUUACCCACUUCGUCAUGCCUAUCUGUCUGCCUAAUAAGUCCGAACCUCUGACUUUGGCCGAGGGUCAGAUGUUCUCCGUUUCCGGAUGGGGUCGCACGGAUUUAUUCAACAAGUACUUCAUCAACAUCCACAGUCCCAUAAAACUAAAGCUGCGCAUUCCUUACGUCUCCAAUGAGAACUGCACCAAGAUCCUGGAGGGUUUCGGAGUGCGUUUGGGUCCCAAGCAAAUCUGUGCUGGCGGAGAGUUCGCAAAGGACACGUGUGCUGGGGAUUCCGGAGGACCUCUGAUGUACUUCGAUCGCCAGCACUCUCGGUGGGUGGCCUACGGCGUGGUCAGCUACGGAUUCACGCAGUGCGGAAUGGCCGGCAAGCCGGCUGUCUAUACUAACGUGGCCGAGUACACGGAUUGGAUCGAAAGUGUUAUUCAGCAGAAAAAGAGUCAACAGACGCAGGCCAAAUUGCCUUGACGUCAGAUUUGAUAUAUUUUUUUAUUCGGGAGGGGGAAGAACAA